AUGGACGGAUCCUCGGUGAGCCCUCUUCCCUGUGAGGCUCCGCUAGCGAUGAUGGAGAGCGAAAAGACACCCCCGAGAAGUCCCAGCCAGCACGAUAUGCCGCCACCGCCGGACGAAAAGAGAUACGAUGAUGAUGACGAUCGCGUCUGGAACUGUGGCGCUUGGUUCGAGUACAUACUGGUUGUGGUCGUUUCUUCGAUCCUGCUCAUCGCCGCCUCGGUGCUGACCAUCUUCUGGACGAUCUACUACCGGAAGGGCUUCAACAUGGACGAUCCCAAGCUGCAGUUCAAUCUGCACCCUGUGCUUAUGAUCGGGGGUUACGUAACGCUGUCUGGCUUCUCCAUCCUGCUGUACCGGAUCUGCCGAUGCUGCUCGCAUUUGAUCGUCAAGCUGUGUCAUACCUUCUUCCACGCCUGCUCGAUACCGUGCAUAGUGAUCGGUUUCAUGGCCGUCUGGGAUUCGCACAACCAGCAGCAGAUACCGAACUUCUACUCACUGCACUCCUGGCUCGGCAUGAUCACGAUGGGACUGUUUGCGCUCCAGUUCGUGCUGGGAUUCUUCAGCUUCCUCAUUCUGCUGUGCUGCGAGAACGCGACGUACAAGUUCCGUUCCACAAUGGUACCCAUCCACGCCAGCUUCGGUGUGGCCACGUUCAUGCUGGCUAUCGCUACCGCCGUAACCGGUUUGACCCAGAAGGCUCAUUUCGAACUCGGUGAAAACUAUUCGCAAACAAUUGAGGAGGGCAUCAUCAUGAACUCGAUCGGCGUUAUACUGACUGGACUCGGAAUUAUCAUUCCGUUUGCGGUGCGUCGCUCCAACUCACCGGCCAAUUGCAAGGUUUACGUUACCGAGCGUAUCUAAAUGAUAAAAAUUUUCAUACACCCCACUAAAUAUGGUAAAGAUCAGUCGUCACCAGAUGGUGCACGCACAAACCGUUAAAUCUAGCAGGUGCAUUCGAAUGGGCCGAUUAAAAGCUCAACGUUAUCGCACGGGGGAGACGAAAACAAAAAAAAACGGUGCACCACGGGCAUUGCUGCAAUGUCACUUAUUUAUGAACCGAAUAGUUAUGAACAGAAAAUAUCUGCGUUAAGUUUACGAUCAACCGGUCGGCGGUAUCUUUUGCAAGCAAUCAUUCCUUCACCGUAAAAGGGUGAAAAUGUGCAAUACGAGCAGAUGUUUGGUUUUGUCUCGCAACAUCGAAUUUGAUUCUUUCCCAGCGGUGCUAAUAGUAUCGAUCAAAAGGACCGUUGUGCGUUGUGUUGAUCAUCAUUAUUUAUUUAAACACCUCGUAGCAGUGCCCCGCAUGUUGGAGAUGCGGUUUUGAGACUAUUUCGACCGUAUUCAGGACAUUGAAGUACAGAGCCCCCGAAACGGAUGCGACACGUGCAGCAACCAAGAAGUAUAGAUACAUUAAAUGAGAUGAAACGUUUUAACCUGUCGGCUAAAAAAAUCCAUUAAAAGUACGGUAGCAGCCCAUAUAGAACGAAAUAAUAUAACCACAUCCGGCGUGCGUACAACGCUGAAGUGAGCGCGAUGGACCCAUUUGGUCGUACGCAAUUGCAUCAUGCGAGACAAGACGCGAACGGAAUCAAGAACAUCAACUUAUACCAUUUAACCGCUAAUAUGAUACAAUUUCUUCAGCCCCAUAUUCGUCAGCUAAGUAGCGAUCUACCCACAGGUAGACGAUUGAAUGCUAGAAACGAUAGAUACGAGACGCGCGGUAGAAGAAUCGAUAGUAAGUAAGCUAACUAAAAUGAAAAAAAAAAUCAAAAGAUACACAAUCCCCACGUAAAAGAACAUUAGUGCCAAUGGUAUGGUAGAGCAAGGAACGACUGGUGCGAUCCUGCGAAGGACGAGCCGUUCCCUUGCCGGAACCUUUCCCAAGGAUUUGUUAUAUGUGUUUGUUGUUAUUUUACGCAUUAUCGCUCACCCACUAUGAACAUUUGCUCAUUUCGAGGGGACGGAAUUGAAUUUUACUAUAUAUCAAUCACGAAUCAAUCAAACAAACGAAAACCAUCGGGAUUUCAACAAGUUAGAGAAACUAGUUUAAACAAAAUUGAUCCCUUUUCCGGUGAAUGCCACUCUUACGGAAUGGUAGCGCUACCUACUGGUCAGCAACACAAAUCGAUUUUAAGGGCCAACAUGCAGCGAAACGUGAGUAGCAUUGCAUGGGAAUCCGCAUGACACGCCGAUCGACACAGACACAGAAACAAAACACAAAACAUAUACAUAUAUUUAAAAGGAUGUGUGUUCAAACAAAACUAACGUAUAAACUAUUUAAAUGCGGACAACAUAAAUGAGUGUUAAACGUAACGAUGUGUCCAAAGCAGAAUUGUAGCCGAACGAACACGAAACGAAACCUGUCGAAAUGGACGCGAGCGCAAGACUGUUUCGCGAUUCGACCGUUGCGGAUGUGUAAGGAAAGGAAAAACCCACCAAGUUUUUGCAACAUCUUCUCUUUACAUAGAACGACGAGACCCGCCGGACGUGGGUGUUUAGCCAAAGCGUGGUAGCUACAUUACAAUUCAAACAAACAAACAAACAAACAAACAUAUAGCGACAAGGCACAGCAAGUGAGCGAUGUAAUCCGAAAUUUAAAUCGUAUUUAUGUAGUUUAAAAUUUCCUCUCGGAGCCGCCGCGUCGGUUCGGUUUAAAUGAAGCUGCGCUGUCGUACUCCUACGACAUCGAAAUCGAAGCUGUUGUUUGUUUUUGUCGUUACGUUUGUUCGCUCUGUUCACAAUUACGCCAUUAAGGAUUCUAGGACGUUGCGUUAGAAAGUCGAAUGACAGACCAAACCACUUUUACAACAUACCUACUCUAUUAGUCGAAGCGAAAGGCGAAGCAAACAGACCGGCGCAACCGGCUGGCAAUCAAUUGAUAAGCAAGAAUUUACUGAGAAUAAAAUUUUACCAUCCGAUCGAAACAGUACAAUUUGAAUCGUUAUUAGAGGGCAAUAUUUACGUAACUCCUCCGUAACUUAGUUGUGCACUACGUUAUACAUUCGUAACCGAGCGCCAGCGCCGAUCGAGGUGGGCUCGAUCAUUUUUGAAACCAUUCGACAUAAUUCGCCGUUACUUAGCUUAAUUCACUGCAAUAAGAGAAAAUACCACGAAAAUCGAGAGAGCGAAGCGAUAAAGCAUAUUAAUCUUACGCGAACAUUUUUUAUACAAGUAUGAUGAAACCCAUUUUUGCUAUCGUCUCAUUUCCUAGCAAAAUGUUACAAAUAACCAGCUGUGGAAAAAUCAUUUCAUACCAUAAACACAAGUAUAUGUAAAAUAAAUGAUCUGUAGGAAAACG